AGGAACAGGAACGGAACAGUUUGCAUUUGUUUACAUAUUUGGACUUGCCAACUUGAGCUUGUGUUCGUGGAAGAAAUCAAACGUUUGUCAAAUUUAGCGAGUAAAUUGGUGCUACUCUGGAAGUCUGAUUACCCUAGCCUCCAGAAUGGCCACAACUAGUGAUUUUCACUUGCAAUUUCAAGAGUUUGAUGAUGCUGAAAACCUGAUGGGAGGUAAUAGGGAUGCAACAACAAUCAGCAUUGAUGAUGCUGGUCACAAACCUCAGCAGCAAAAAAGGCAUGCUGGCAUGCCUUUUGAGAAUGAUGAAGACACACUGGCAAAUGAUGACAAGACUGAACUACUGUCUGGUCAAAAGAAAAGUGCUCCUUUCUGGACAUUUGAUUACUACCAAACAUUUUUUGAUGUUGAAACUCAUCAGGUGAAGGAUAGAAUCAUUGGUUCCUUACUGCCAUGGCCUGGAAAAAACUUUGUUUGCCUGUACAUCCGCAACAACCCUGAUCUCUAUGGGCCAUUCUGGAUUUGUGCGACUCUUGUAUUUGCCAUUGCUAUAAGUGGAAAUAUCUCAAAUUUCCUGGUCCAUUUGGGUCAACCAAAGUACAAAUAUGUGCCAGAGUUUCGGAAAGUGACCAUAGCUGCGACAGCUAUAUAUAGUUAUGCUUGGUUGGUACCUCUUGCUCUCUGGGGUCUCCUGAUGUGGCGAAACACUAAAGUCAUGAACUUGGUGUCCUACUCCUUUCUGGAGAUUGUCUGUGUAUAUGGAUAUUCUCUUUCUAUUUACAUACCUGCAGUGGUGCUGUGGAUCAUACCAUAUGAUGGGGUGAGAUGGUGUUCUAUUGUGGUGGCCCUGUGUCUCUCUGGCUCUGUUCUGGCUUUGACGUUUUGGCCUGCAGUCAGGGAUGACCACCCCAGGGUUGCCAUAGCGAUCAUGUCAGCCAUUGUGGCUCUGCAUACACUGCUGGCAGUUGGUUGUAAGGCUUAUUUCUUUAGCUCACCAGAAGCUGAAGGCCCUGCUGAUGUCUCCAAGACUUUACUGGUCACACUGGCACACUAAAUCUGUGUGCUGUCUAAAGGUUCUCCUGUUGCCUUAUUAGAGAGAAUCCGAUUGCUGUGGCAAUGAAGUCAUGGGUCAUCUAGAUUUCACCUACACUUGGUCCCUCUGUUUAGUCCUCAAGAAACAAGUGUACAAACAUGGUCCAGUUGGCGUGACCUCUGAAAAUAAACACUGGUAGAAAAUGUUAUUUUGAAUGAGAUGGAUUUUAAACUGCCUUAAGAUGUACAGCUCUGGAAAAAAAUGACACCAAUGCACCUUUUUCUUUAAUAUAUAUAUAAAAAAUAAAAAAAAGGUUAAGGACAAUUGAGUGAGGAACAGAAGGGUAAAAUUUAAGAGGCCACUGCAAAAUGCACCCUUCUGUUCCUCACGCAAAAUGUUCCUUAACUUUUUUUUUUCAGUAAGAAAAAGGUGCAGUGGUCUCAAAUUCAGACAGUCGUCAUCUAAAUAUUUUAAUGUUAAAUAUUUAUUUGAACGUGAUAUAGAUAAAACACUGUGUAAUGAAGAAUGAGAUGUAUAAAACAACCUUUUUUUAUUUACAUUGUUAUGGGGUCAAGUCUAUUGAAUCUUGGUUAUGUGCAUAUAGCAACAAUGAAACUAAUGCUUAGUGUAUGAUUUAUUGGGUAUUAUAUUAAUACAGUUUAUAUACAUAUAACUGCUUUUCUUAUCCUGUUCAGUAUGUAAGUAUUUUCAAUGUAAUGCCAAAGUUCAGUUUCAAACUAGAAUUAUGUCUUUGUCGGGUGGGCUUUUUAUUAUCAUUCAAAUGUAAUGCUAUGAUUGAUACACUGGGAAUUUGUCAAUUCAUGCUUUGAUGUUUCCUAUUUAACGGCGAGAACAUUAUUCUUUGUAGGACCAAAUUGCAUGGGAAUAUAAAUCUGGUGUGGAAAGAUUGGUAACUCAAAUAAUAUAAUGGGGGUUUUUAAGGUUAAUUAAUAAGGGUAAUUGUGAGUAAAAUAGUUGCAUUAGUAAUGUGAUGGAAAUUCGGGAAAAGAGGAUUUUUAUACCCGUUGUCAGUUGUGUUGAUGUAAAUAAGUACAUUUAUACAAUUUGACAGCUGAAUUAUUUAAAGGAGAGAUUGUAACUAAUAGGGACUAAAGUAAUUGCAAAGUCUCAAGGUCAGCACCUACUUCUUUUUUAAAGGACUUCUAUAUGAUGAUGUUUUCAAUAUAUCUGGCAAUCUUUUCUGAAAA